UGCAGUGCGUGGCCUCAGCUCCAGUUUAGUUAACAGUCAACGUGAACUGGUAAAACUGCAGAGAGUCAAGAAAAACGGUGAGCCGAGGGGAGCUGACUCAAGCAUUUCUCGUUCAGCCGUAUACCCGCGAGGAUCGUAUCCCAGAGCACGAGUUUAUUUCUUUCACUUUGUUUUUUUUUCACUCUAUUUCCCAUCGCUGCCCCAUUCGGAGGUUAAUUUGUGUAAACAAUUUGUCAUGCCGUUGUUCAAGAAGCUGAGGAUGUUCUCCCGUCACAAAAAAUUAUGCGAAGAAUGGGCCCUAGCCAACAGUCGUGACUGCGUGGAGAGCACCAGUAGCAGUGCCAGUGGAUUGGGUAGUGAUCAGGGUGACGUUACCGAGGCGACAUUUACACUGAAGUACCUUGGCAGUACUCUGGUGGAGACCCCCUCCAGCGAGGAGGCAACCGCCGAGGCUAUCAAAACAGUCAUGACCAUGGUCAAGGCGAGUGGUAAAAAAUUACAGCGAGUCUCUCUCGGGGUCAGUCUUCGCGGAAUACGUAUGACUGAUUUGGCAACAGAAGAGGAUCAACUUCAGGUCUCCAUAUACAGGAUUUCCUACUGUUCCGCGGAUGCUGCUCACGAUCAUGUAUUCGCAUUCAUAGCGACAAAUCUGAAUGAAACAAUGGAGUGCCAUGCUUUUUUAUGCCCAAAAAGAAAAACCGCCCAAACAGUGACGCUAACAGUUGCCCAGGCAUUCAACACAGCAUACGAAGCCUGGCAACAGUCCCGAGCUGAUCCACGCAUUCAUCAUCAACCCACCAAGACUCUGAACACCAUUCUCCACAGCGAUGACAAAAUCGUGGGUAAGUCCGAGGAGUCGUCGAGCGGGGUGAAAAAGAGUGAGAAAAAUCUGCUGAUUGAUCUGACCCACGAGGUGAAACCAACGGAAAAGUCCUGGGUUCAUUUUGAAGAUGACUCAAGCGGUGAAAUGAGGAAGACAUCGAAGAAGGCAACCCCCAACAGCAUCCCCAUGGCGACAAUAAGACAUCCGAGUAGCAUGAGUAAUCAUGUUGUACCGAGACCAAUGCCAGGAUUCAAAGUUCAAAAUGCCUGGGGAGAGUCGCGAUCUGUCGAUCUCAUGUGCUCGUAGCAAUCGUAGCCCAGGGCCGAUAGUUUCACAGACGUGCCACUGAUAACAGGACUGUGGAAGCACUUAUCGAACAACGGCCUCAACAAAAAGACUAUGAAUUGCGAACGAUUCAAUGGGGAGGAGAAUAAAUUAUGAAAUUUUUGGUGGAUCGAUAGAUCGAUGAAGAAGAUAUUUCCAGAUACUGAGAAAUAUUCCAUAACAAUAAUGCAAUUAUUCGCGUUAUUAGGAAUAAGAAAGUGUUUGCCGGGAGAUUUUAUAGAAACGAAAGUAAUUUUUCCCGGAGAAACUAAAAAAUUAAAAAAAUUCUUGAACAUUUAACGAUUUAUGUGAAAGUGAUUGUUGUAAAAUUUCUCAGUCGUUGAAGAGAAAUUACGAAACGACUUGUUCAGACGAGUGAUUAACUUUUAUGAAAUACUUUUUAUUAAGUUUAAUAUCGCUGCCAUUUUGACGUUUUCUGGGAUUUGAUAUUUCAUUUUUCACUCUGUGAAGGGGAAAAUAAUUAUUGAUUUACGAAAUAAAAGUGAAUACUAGUGCUGAUUGUACAUUUUUCAUCAUCAAUUCAAUAUUUUUUCGUCGUCAAUUGCAAGUUAAUGCACCAGUGACGAUUGUCUCCGCUUGUGCACAAGUUAAACGACAUUGAUAUUUGAUUGAUGUUGAUGACGGGCGAAAUGACGGUUUAGAGAAUAAUCGUAUGUUAAGCAGAACCCAUUGAUUGACAUAGCGUCUUAGUGUGAGAAUAUUAAGGCUGUGUGUAUUUGCACAUGUUGUCGAUAUCAAUAUGACGCAUGUGCGAAUUUAAAUUGAAACUACCGUGUUACGAUUCCACUGAACAGAGAGAAAUUUUCCGUAAAAACUGGUGCAGAAAAAUUAUUAUCAUAUGAAGCUCCUCUAGAAGACCUCGGUGAUGACCCAAAAAGAUUCAGAAGACACUUUUUUUCAACAUAAACUAAAUUUUCGCAUAACAUUUGGGGGGAUUUCUGAAAAAUUUCGCGCAUUCGGGUAAAAAUUUUCAAUCAACCCAAUAAUAUUUCCAUUUUUCUUCUAGAAAUUUCUCUCUGUGCAAUCGCGUGUGAACAAUGAAUUGAUAAUUCCUCUGAAGUAAUUGUUGAAUGCUUAUGGUGUCACGAUUAUUGCGAAACGAAUGAUUAAUUCGAGCGCAACAUUAUGUUUAUUGAUUUGUGCUAUCGAUUUUUGGAGUGACUUUAUUAUUCCCGAUUUUGUUAUAUUUGAAUACUUAACAAAUAAGUAGAAUAAAGGAUACAUAUCUACAUGA